ACGUGAGGCGGCGGCGGGAGCGCCCGAACGGCCGGAGCGGGGCGGCGGGGUGUCCUGGUCCCUCGCUGCCAUGGCCAUGCAGAUGCAGCUCGAGGCCAGCGCAGACACAUCAGCAGAGGAGGAGAGCUUUGGGCCACAGCUCAUAUCCAGGUUGGAGCAAUGUGGCAUAAAUGCCAAUGAUGUGAAGAAGCUGGAAGAAGCUGGAUUUCACACAGUGGAGGCUGUGGCUUAUGCACCGAAGAAGGAGCUGCUGAACAUUAAAGGCAUCAGUGAAGCCAAAGCCGACAAAAUCUUGGCUGAAGCAGCCAAACUGGUUCCCAUGGGCUUCACCACGGCCACAGAAUUCCACCAGCGGCGGUCGGAGAUCAUCCAGAUCACCACUGGCUCCAAAGAGCUGGAUAAGCUGCUUCAAGGAGGAAUAGAAACAGGGUCCAUAACAGAAUUAUUCGGGGAAUUCCGUACUGGGAAGACGCAGCUGUGUCACACGUUGGCCGUCACCUGUCAGCUCCCCAUAGACCGUGGAGGUGGCGAGGGAAAAGCCAUGUACAUCGACACGGAGGGGACCUUCCGUCCAGAGCGGCUCCUGGCCGUGGCUGAAAGGUAUGGUCUGUCUGGCAGCGAUGUCCUGGACAACGUGGCCUAUGCUCGGGGCUUUAACACCGACCACCAGACCCAGCUGCUGUACCAGGCUUCAGCCAUGAUGGCUGAAUCACGGUACGCGCUGCUGAUCGUGGACAGUGCCACAGCCCUGUACCGCACGGAUUACUCGGGAAGGGGGGAGCUCUCCGCCAGGCAGAUGCACCUGGCCAGGUUCCUGCGGAUGCUGCUGCGCCUGGCGGACGAGUUUGGAGUGGCUGUCGUCAUCACGAACCAGGUGGUGGCACAGGUAGAUGGAGCUGCCAUGUUCGCUGCAGAUCCCAAAAAGCCCAUUGGAGGCAAUAUCAUCGCCCAUGCUUCCACCACCAGGCUGUACCUGCGGAAGGGCCGAGGUGAGACCAGGAUCUGUAAAAUCUAUGACUCUCCGUGUCUUCCCGAGGCUGAAGCCAUGUUUGCUAUCAAUGCUGACGGAGUGGGAGAUGCUAAAGACUGAAAACUCCUUCUCUUCCCCUGAAUCCCAAGACUGUGUCUGUAAGAGGCUCCGUUCCUGGUGGCACCUUAGGGAUAAUUCCCAAUGCAGUGGGCGGAGGAAGCUGUGGUGUGUCUGUGUGGGAACCAUCAGGACACACUGAGCACAGCCGGAGCUGUUGGGAAGAGAUCUCCCUCUGGGCUGCAGGCACAGCUGAGGUCCCUGUGCUUCCUCAGCAACAUUCCCAGAGGACCAUACCCUGUGUGUUUCCCUGGAUCCCACCAGCACAUGGUGCAGCAGAGUCUUGGUGGCCACAGUUGGGAACUUGGUGAAUUGGAAGCAAAACUGAAGGGUUUGCCCACUAAAAAGUGAUUUAUAAACCAAAAAAGUAUUCUACAUGAGGAAUUUGGGAUUUGUGGUGGUCCCAAUCCGUAACCUUUUUCUUCAUUUUCUUUGGAUGCUGCAACCUCCUGGCUCAAGGGAGCUGUUCCUUUACAUUUCCAUUUAAUUUUCUGUAUUUCAUUAGUUCUCUGUGGAAAUCUGCUUUUAGUAAAAAGUCCCCUGAGGAUAUUGAUGAUAUCCCAGGUUCCUGGGAUUUACAGGGGUGUGUUCAGACCAAGGAUUGUUCUGGCUGGCAGAAGCUGCACCAAUCUCCCAGGAAUCUCAGUCUGGGUUUGUUUUUUCUCCCAAUUCUCUGGGGGUGCAGUGCAGCCCUGCCCUGUGGGUCUCCUAGAAGAGCUUUGGGGGUUGAAAAGGUUCUUUUCUAUUCUGCAGUUUUUCUCUAGAACUCAAUUAAAAAGAAUAAUGGGUUGAUGUGAUCUUAAUUGGUUCAUUUACAUUGGUUAAUUAAAGCAAAUCAUUGAGAAGCUGCUUGAGCGCCCCUUGGUUGGAGCUGGCAGUUCUUCUUUAUUGUCUCUUUGUUCUUUUAAUUUCUUUUAAUUAUUUCUUAAGCAGUUACUGCAAUUAAGCUACAAAGUGAGGAGAACAGCACUCCUCUGCUGGAUUGGGAAAUUCAAGUGCAGUUCCUUGGAGAGAUUGAGGGAAUGGGGAGCUGAGCCUCAGGCUGGGUUUUGGCAGCGGCAAUUGGGUGAGGAGGGGAGAUCCCCCCAAAACUGAUUAAAGCCAGUUCUGCUGGGUUUGGGUGCCCCCACCCCAAAAAAGGAUCCUGGUUAAAGGAGACUCA